AACUGAUAGCAAAAGUCAUUAGCUUUCCUUUGCAAUCAAUCAGAUCAAAUUACGAUUUAAUCGCAACCAUCCAUGGCAGGAACAGGGGAAGAGGCACAAACCCAGCAGCUGCAACAAUCAACAGGGCAAGAGGUGGUGGACACCAAGAAAUGGGGAACCCACGUCAUGGGACCGCCGGCGGCGCCGGCAGUGCACCCGGACAAUCAAAAGGCGGCAUCUUGGAACGCCGGCGACCACCAGCAGAUCCCGGAGCAGCCUUAUCUCAUCUACACGCCUGUAGAAAAGCCAGCCAGCAGCAACCCUCUCGAGCCAGUGAUCCACAUGUUCAACACCUGGAGCGCAAAAGCAGAGACCAUCGCCAAAAACAUUUGGCACAAUCUGAAUACAGGGCCGUCGGUGACAGAGGCAGCGUGGGGGAAAAUGAACCUGACGGCCAAAGCCAUAACAGAGGGAGGGUUCGAGUCGAUGUUCAAGCGCAUAUUUGAAACCCAUCCCGAAGAGAAGCUGAAGAAGACAUUCGCAUGUUACCUUUCCACCACCACCGGUCCCGUCGCCGGCACUCUGUACCUCUCCACUGCUCGGGUCGCCUUCUGCAGCGAUCGGCCUCUCUGCUUCACAGCUCCAUCGGGGCAGGAAGCCUGGAGCUACUACAAGGUUGUGAUUCCGGUGGAGAAGAUAAGCUCGGUGAACCCUGUGGUAUUGAGAGAGGAUCCGCCGGAGAAGUACAUCCAGAUUUCCACGAUGGACGGUCACGAAUUCUGGUUUAUGGGGUUCGUUAAUUUCGAGAAGGCCACAAAUCACUUGCUUGAGGGUGUUUCCAAUUUCAGGGCCGGAGUUGCCGCUGCUUAGAUUCGGCACCCCUGUUUCCGGGCAGAUAUUGGUUCCUUUUUUUUGGGUAGAAAUAUUGGUUCCUCUAUAUGUAUGUAGUUAGAGCUAUGUGUAGAUAGCUUGUUUGUUCAUUCCAUGGAUAUUUAUAUGGUCUACCUGAUCGAUGUGCUGUUGUUUGUUGAUGGUAUAAGUUUUUUUUUUCUUCUUCUCUUCCCUGAUGGCUGGCUCUAGGUUCGAACCUUCUCAUUGGUUUACCAUGACGAUUAGUGCUGGAAGUUUGGUGCCAAAUAGGUACCAAUAUUUGGUAUAUAGCGAAUACCGUACCGAAUUUGUCUAUAUUUGGUAUUACCGAAUACAUGUAUUAUUUUGUG